UGUGUAGAGAGAGAGAGAGAGAGAGAGAGAGAGAGAGAGGGAUGUGUGGAGAGAGAGGGUAGGAACGGAGUCUUCAGUAAGGAGAUUCUUCAGAACAGGACGAAGGCAGCUGGCCGUUCCUCUUCCUCUUCUUCAUCCUCUUCCAUCUUGCCUGGAGCCGCCCCUCCUCUCCCGUCCCACAGCAGGUCUAUACAUGGUCAUGGAGUAGGAUCUUCUCCUCGUCACAAAUCAAGCGGAGACGGCCCUGGGCGAGCGUGCACUGCCAGGAGCAGAAGAGAGCGAGAAGACCAAGGACCAUGGUGGAGGGACAGAGGCUUGGAGUAGAGAGCGAGAGACAUUAAAAGCAGAACAAGACGACCUAGAAGCAGCAAAAUAGCAGGCAGGAGGAGCGAAAGAGAGACAUCCAUAGUCUACAGAGAGAGAGAGAUAGAGGGAGAGAGACAUCCGUAGUCUACAUAGAGAGCGAGAGAUAUUAGAGGGAGAGAGAGAGAGACAUCACUGUCUACAGAUAGAGGGAGAGAGUGAGGGGCAGUAGGGUCGUUAUGUCUAUCCUCCUACUUCAUGGACCAUCAUCCCAUUUGUAUACGAUUGCAGAAAGCUGACGUGUUUGCCUCAAAGAAAGAGAGAGUGAGAGGGAAAGAGAGAUUCAUAGAGAGAAAACGAGAGAGAGACAUCCAUUGCCUUCAGAAAGAGGGAGAGAAUUCACGUUUAACAUUUGAGAUCCGUGAGGAAGAUGAUGUGUGUUCUUCUGGUCGUCCGUGAUUGGACAGAUCAUCCAUGGUUCUUGUACAUGUGAGGUCAUGUAUGAUGACAUGUGUACGAUGCACACCAGGGUCGCUAGGGAAACCAGGGUUACAUAGCAGGUCUAGCUACCAGGUGGAACCCGCUCCGAUUACUACCUUAGUAAUCUAAGGUUGUAUGAGUAGUUAUAGUUAGUCACUCCGUAGUUAGAUCUUUAGUCACUGCAUUAGUUAGUUGUCCUAGUUAAUUAUAGUUUGCUCUAGUUAGUUGUUGGUUGUAGUUGGUCUCCUUGGAUUAGAGCUGGUUAGUCUACUGAGCUGAGAUGAUAGGGACAUUAGAUCUUCUACACUACAUGUGGUCCACAGAAGGUCUCCUAACACUCUAGCAGACAGACAGACAGACAGACAGACGGACAGACAGACAGACAGACAGCGCUCUCCUUCACCAUGAGGUCCAACCCCUGUGCUCCCUGGAGCAGCGCAGCACUCGAGGUUCAGCAGUAAAGAGCUGCUGGAGAGGACCCUCCACCCGAAGACGCCUCUCGCCCGGCCUCAGCUCUCCAGUCCGGCAGGCCCCACGUCUGAUCCAAGAUGGCGGCCGGCGUGGCGACGUGGCUGCCCUUUGCCCGGGCGGCGGCCGUGGGCUGGCUGCCGCUGGCCAGAAAGACCAUGCCCAGGCCCCCUGUGGACAAGUCCUCCCGCUCGGACGAGAUCCUGUUCGUCAACGUCAGCGGGCAGAGAUUCCAGACAUGGAAGAACACUCUGGACCGCUACCCAGAUACCCUGCUGGGCUCCUCGGAGAAGGAGUUCUUCUUCAACGAGGACACCCAGGAGUACUUCUUCGACCGAGACCCAGAGAUGUUCCGACACAUCCUCAACUUCUACCGCACCGGUAAGCUGCACUACCCGCGCCACGAGUGUGUGCAGGCCUUCGACGAGGAGCUGGCCUUCUAUGGGAUAGUCCCUGAGAUCAUCGGAGACUGCUGCAUGGAGGAAUACCGUGACAGGAAGAAGGAGAACCAGGAGCGGCUGGCGGAGGACACGGAGGCGGGCGAGGCCACGGACACGCCGCUGCCCGACAGCGCCACGUCCAGGGAGCGUCUGUGGAGGGCCUUCGAGAACCCGCACACCUCCACCAUGGCCCUGGUGUUCUACUACGUCACCGGCUUCUUCAUCGCCGUGUCGGUCAUCGCCAACGUGGUGGAGACGGUGCCCUGCCGGCCUCUCAAGGGCACGGUGAAGGAUCUGCCCUGCGGGGAGAAGUUCUCCCUGGCCUUCUUCUGCAUGGACACGGCCUGCGUCCUCAUCUUCACCUUCGAGUACCUCAUGCGUCUGUUCGCCGCGCCCUGCCGCUGUAAGUUUGCCCGCUCGGUCAUGUCGGUGAUCGACGUGGUGGCCAUCAUGCCCUACUACAUCGGCCUGGUGAUGCCCGAGAACGAGGACGUGAGCGGCGCCUUCGUCACGCUGCGCGUCUUCAGGGUCUUCCGCAUCUUCAAGUUCUCCCGCCACUCGCAGGGCCUGCGGAUCCUGGGCUACACGCUGAAGAGCUGCGCCUCCGAGCUGGGCUUCCUGCUCUUCUCCCUCACCAUGGCCAUCAUCAUCUUCGCCACCGUCAUGUUCUACGCCGAGAAGGGAACCAAGGGCUCCAGCUUCACCUCCAUCCCUGCAUCCUUCUGGUACACCAUCGUCACCAUGACCACGCUGGGCUACGGGGACAUGGUUCCCAACACCAUCGCUGGGAAGAUCUUCGGCUCCAUCUGCUCUCUGAGCGGAGUGCUGGUGAUCGCUCUGCCUGUCCCCGUCAUCGUGUCCAACUUCAGCCGCAUUUACCACCAGAACCAGAGGGCAGACAAGAUGAGGGCCCAGCAGAAAGUGCGCAUGGCUAGGAUCCGGAUGGCCAAGAAAGGAACGGCCAACGCCUUCCUGCAGUUCAAAGAGGACGGGGGACUGGGGGAUCCAGACAGCAACAGCAGCGCUCUGUGUCUGAAGAACAGAUCAGCCUUCGAAAACCAACACCACCACCUACUGCACUGUCUGGAGAAGACCACUAACCACGAGUUCACGGAUGAGAUGGCGUACAGCGAGAUGUGUCUGACGGAGUCGGUGGGAUACCGCACCAGCCGCAGCACCUCCCUGUCCAGCCAGCAGGGGGCGCUGAACAACGGCUGCUGCCCCCGCAGAGCCCGGCGCAGAGCUGCCAUGCGAUUGGCCAACUCCACCGUGUCGGUCAGCCGGGGGAGUGUCCAGGAACUGGACACAUUUCCUGUCAAGUCAACCAACCUACCGCAACAAACUCGCUCCAGUCUGAACGCCCGGGCAGUGGACAUCAAGUUGAACUGCAGCGAUCGAGACUACACGGCGGCCAUCAUCAGCAUCCCCACCCCCCCCUCCAACACGCCGGACGAGAGCCCGCCCUCCUCCCCCGCCAUCCCGGGCAUCCUGCGCAACACGCGGGCCACCGCCUACCUGCAGGACGCCGUCAAGAUCUCCUCCUUAUAGCCCCCCAGCCGCAUGAACACCCCCCCCCCCCCAGCGCAAGCUAUGAACUCUGGGAAAUACAGCUUUAUCUCCACACACACACACACACACACACACACACACACACACACACACACACACACACACACACACACACACACACACACACACACACACACACACACACACACACACACACAACCCAUGACCUCUGAACCCAGUGUGACCCUGUAAAGAGGCAGCCCCAGGUGAGCUGUAGGGGCGGAGCUCCGCCAUGAUGCUGAUUUAGAGGUUGAGACCAGUCGCUGGUCACCUCCUCCUGUACCUGUAGAGGAGGAGCAGUCGCUGGUCACCUCCUCCUGUACCUGUAGAGGAGGAGCAGUCGCUGGUCACCUUCUCCUGUACCUGCAGAGGAGGAAGUGACCAGCGACUGUUCCUUCCCCUGUACCUGCAGUUGGUGUUUACCAGACAGUGAAUACAGUGGGUGUGGUUCAAAGACAGUGAAUACAGUGGGUGUGGUUCAAAGACAGUGGAUACAGUGGGUGUGGUUCAAAGACAGUGGAUACAGUGGGUGUGGUUCAAAGACAGUGAAUACAGUGGGUGUGGUUAACAGACAGUGAAUACAGUGGGUGUGGUUAACAGACAGUGGAUACAGUGGGUGUGGUUAAAAGACAGUGAAUACAGUGGGUGUGGUUAACAGACAGUGGAUACAGUGGGUGUGGUUAAAAGACAGUGAAUACAGUGGGUGUGGUUAACAGACAGUGGAUACAGUGGGUGUGGUUAAAAGACAGUGGAUACAGUGGGUGUGGUUAACAGACAGGGAAUACAGUGGGUGUGGUUCAAAGACAGUGGAUAGAGUGGGUGUGGUUAAAAGACAGUGGAUACAGUGGGUGUGGUUCAAAGACAGUGAAUACAGUGGGUGUGGUUCAAAGACAGUGGAUACAGUGGGUGUGGUUAAAAGACAGUGGAUACAGUGGGUGUGGUUAACAGACAGUGAAUACAGUGGGUGUGGUUCAAAGACAGUGGAUACAGUGGGUGUGGUUAAAAGACAGUGGAUACAGUGGGUGUGGUUAACAGACAGUGGAUACAGUGGGUGUGGUUAAAAGACAGUGAAUAAAGUUGCUGUGGUUAACAGACAGUGAAUACAGUGGGUGUGUUAAACAGACAGUGAAUACAGUUCCAUAUACAUAAUGUAAAGUACAAUACAGAAUACAAAGCCAUAUUAGCAGACUGGACCCUGUGAUGAUGUCAUGAUGGUCUUCAAACCUCAGCUCGGUAGGUCAAAGGUCAACCCUAAUUUACCAGUUCUAAUCUUGCAGCAAGGACGCCGGUUCAAUUCCUUCAAAGACUGGUCCUCGCUUUCCUCAGGCCUGCUCAGUAACUAAACCCUCUGAUCUGAACGCUGGACUCGUUGUGGACUACCAAGAAGAGCUGCUCAGGAACCAAACCCUCUGAUCUGACUCCCCCAAGAAGGGAGCCACUCAACGAUCAAGGGAGCCCUGAUCGAUCUGAUCCCAUGUGGUUGAUCUAGGACCUCUUCUUGGACAUCAGGUAUCACGGUAUCUACUGGUCUAUGAUCUGUUAGGCAGGUCUGCCGUUGGCCUUGGUUGACUUAUAUAUGCAAUAUCAUCAUCGUGACUCCAACAUCAUCCAAGUAUACUGUUCAGAGUUAACUGGUGCAGGGGAGGUUUGGUACCGCUGGUCUUAUGAACACGAUGUCCUGGAGGGGUUUAGGAGCAGGUAGGGUUAGUGAUCUAUGAUAGGAAGGCAGGGUCAUGAUGUCCUGGACAGCUCACUGCCCUUCCUCUGGCCUGAGCUGCUCAGCAGAAAUAUCAUAUUUCAUAAUUUGGUUGAUCACCUCAGAGUGAGUGAAGAGGAAAAUGUCCCUUGGGAUUCAAAACAGGCCGGCGGGCAGACUGUAACAUAUUUUGUAACAUAUCCUUCACGUGCAUCUUCCGAUCCAAUGUUCACCAGGAGAGAGAGAGGGGACAGAUGUUUGCAUGAUCCUCAUCAGUAGACGUAGGAAGCAUCCUGUGGCAGAAGAGGUCCUCCACCCGUCUCCUUGCAUGGUAACCUCUCGUUUCAUUACGUUCCCUCAUGUCCUCCCUCCCUGACCCCUGACCUCUGACCCCUGUGUUCCACCACCAGGAGGAUGGUAGACUAUACAGCCGAGAAAAAAAA